AUGAAGGCCACUCUUUUGAGCACUCUUCUCCCGGCAUUGGCCAGCGCGGCAACCAGCGGCAAAUUCACCGCGUUGACCUUCAAUGUCGCCGGUCUCCCUGAGAUCCUUCAAUCAAACGAUGUCAAUGGUACCAAGACAGAGAAUGCCGGGGAGAUCGGUACCUACUUCUCCGAGUAUGGCUACGACAUCAUCCAUCUGCAGGAAGACUUCAAUUACCAUGCCUACAUCUAUGCAACAGAUGACCAUGUCUACCGCACCGCAACAUCAGGCGGCGCAGCAAUCGGCAGUGGACUCAAUUCCCUGUCCAAUUAUGACUGGGUCGAUUUCACACGCAACAAGUGGAAUACCUGCUCAGAUGCUUCCGGCUCGGAUUGCUUGACUCCCAAGGGAUUCACCUUCAUGCGCUGGAACCCUGCCGAUGGCGUAUUCAUUGACUUCUACAACGUCCACGCCGAUGCAGGUACCGAGACCGCCGACGAAACAGCCCGCAACUCCAACCUCCAGCAGGUUGCCGACUACAUCGACACUUGGUCGAUCGGCAAUGCUGUUGUCGUGAUGGGCGACACAAACAGCCGCUACACCCGCGCCGACGACACAGCUAUCCGCGUCUUCAAGUCCCAGAACAACCUCGCAGACGCAUGGGUUGAUCUCGAAAUGAACGGCGUCUACCCAACUGCCGGUGCCGAUGCAUUGAUGUGCGACAACCCAUCUUCGGUCGAGACCUGCGAGAUUGUAGACAAGGUCCUGUACAGAGGCUCUGACAUCGUCACCCUGGGAGCUCAUAGCUUCGCCUAUGUUGGUGACAUGUUCACAAACACGAACCCCGAUUACCUAGGCGAUGUUUUGUCGGACCACGACCCCAUCCUGGUGAACUUUACCUGGUCGCUUUCGGGCUCGUUGCGUCAGAGUCAGUUCUCUGGUGGUCCUCACGGCACUUGGUUCAGUGAUCUGACAGGCUUGCCCUCGUCGCCUGCUGCUUCUGUUGUUACUUUCCGUGGCGCUGACAGACUUGAUGCUGUUGCUGUGACCCUCUCUGAUGGAACGACGUUUUCGCAUGGUGGCACUGGCGGCUCGGAGGUUUCUCUUACUCUGGGUUCUGGUGAGUACUGGACUCAGACUGAGCUUUGCACUGGUCAGUAUAAUAGUCAAACUCGCAACUUUUAUAUCAAGGCUACCACCAGUGCGGGUAAUACUCUUGAGGCCGGUACUGCUACUGAUAACUGUUCGACCUUCACUGCUCCUACUGGGUUUGCUGUUGUUGGCUUCGUUGGACAGGAUGGAGAUGAGAUCGAUCAGUUGGCUUUGCUGUAUGCAGCCUAUUGA